CGCUCGGGAGCCCCGAGGGAACCAGGCGGGAGCGCGCAGCCGAGGCCCGGCGCGGGAUGACAGCCCUCGGCGUGCAGAUGCGGUGACCGAGGCUCAGGUGAAGUAACCCGCCCGUGGCGGCCAGCUCAGCGACAGAAUCGAGUCGAACCAGACUUCUGGGCCCGAACAGGAGAGACUCCACCCACAGGCCGCGCCCCCAGCCCCUUGUGGCCGGGACACCGCAACCCUAGAGCCGGAUGCAGCGAGUUCCUCUCGUGCUGGGCAUAAUCUGGGGUCCCGGCCGGGCCGCCUCCGGGACCGGCAGUGAGGAGGGUGGGAGCGGGUGCAGUCCCGCCUUCGGGAGCCGACGGCCCUGCGUGGGAGAGACGUGCACACCGGGAUUUCGGAGCGGUUUGGGGGAAGCGAGUGCUAGACUAAGAGGCGAAGAAACUGCGGCAGGAUUAACGGGGGCGGGGAGGGGCAGGAGAGUAGCCAGUAGAGACAGUCCAGGCCCUAAGAGAUUAAAGUGAUUUGCCCAAGGUCACAGAGCUGGAGGCUGGUGGGUCAGGGGCAGGGCUAGACUGCCCUCAUACCCUCUGGUCCACGGACCUUCCACUGACCACGCUGAUGCCCAGCUGCCCUCCGGAAGAGGAUUUCAGGCCCUGGAUCACUGCAAGUUCACAGAGGGAUCACUAACUCCUGCUACAAAAUGCAACUGCGGAACCAUAGAUGAGAAAAUAAGGGCCAAGGAGGUUAAGAAACCGCGCAAAGACAAACACCUUUAUGGCCCAGAAGUUGCUGGCCCAAAGGAGGCCCCGCCGGUCCUUCUCUGACCCCUCCAUCCGGGCGCUCAUUAUCUUGUGCGCCUCCCUGGCAGUGGUCCUCUCCUCCCUCUCCAUCUGCGAUGGCCACUGGCUCCUGGCCGACGACCGCCUCUUCGGGCUGUGGCACUUCUGCACCACCUCCAACCAGGCUGAGCUGCACUGCCUCCGAGACCUGAGGCAGGCCCAUGUGCCCGGGCUAGCCUCGGGCAUGGCUGUGGCCCGCAGCGUGGCCACCUUGGCCGUGGUGGUCGCCAUCUUUGGCCUGGAGCUCCUCAUGGUGUCCCAGGUGUCCGAGGACCCCCGCUCGUGGCACAGGUGGGCUGUGGGCUCCGCCCUCUUCCUCCUCGCGUUCAUCCUCUCCUUCGGGGGCCUCCUGAGCUUCCUGACCCUCCUCAGGAACCAGGUCACGCUCAUGGGCCUCACGCGGACGUUCUGGAGCGAGUUCACGGCCUCCUUCCUCUUCUUCCUGAGCGCCGUCAGCGGCCUCCACGUCAACAGCAUCAGCCGUACUGACAGCGUCACGCACCCCUGGGGCCUGCCUGCAGAAUUUUAGGCCCCCCUGCGAGGACACUGAGUUCUACCAGCAAGUGGGGUCACGAUGGGACUUCUCCAACAUGGGACAUUCAAACUGCCGCCUCUUGGCCUUGGGGUGGUCGGGCCAGUGGCCUUUGCAGCCCAGAGGCCGGGUGGGUGCCUCCAAGCCAGCAGCUGCACCAGCUUAGCCACGUUAUUAGGAUGUUGAUUUUACAAGAAGAAACAUAUUUUAAAACCU